GAUCGCACAUGCAGUUCUAGUUCCCACGGAGACGGGGGCUGAUCUAUAUUCAGUUCACACGCACUGGUUGCUUGGGAGCCUUCUCAGUGCAUUUCUUUCGAUUUGAAACCGAACGACUCACGGCCAACCAUGAGGAUAUUCGUCCCAGUGACACAGGAAGCAAGCGAUGAACUCACAACGAAACCCGGCUCAAAAAUUUAUAAACACGCGUUUUGCUAAAAGUAUCACAAAACUUCCACCUGAUUGAAAAGCCGAGAAAACAAUCCUAUUAAUCAGUGAAUAUUCAAGAUCCAUCGGACUCUGAGCAUAUAAAAUGGGAAACGCACUGAACAGGAAGAAGAAGAAUUAUAAACUUUCCAGCGACAAAGACGCUGAUAAAUUGGCUGAAGGAACAGCAGCAGAGGAUGGAGAGGCAAAAAAGGAAAAGCAGGAAGAGGCCAAAACAUCUGAAGAAGGUGGAAAUGUAUCAGAGGCCAAAGAUAGUCAGGCUGCAAACAACACAGCUGAAACUAAGGAAGAAGAUAAAGAAACAGUGAAAAAAGAGGAAACUCAAAAACCUGAAGCUGAAAAGCCACAAGAUUCCACUGAAGCCAAAACAGAGCCUCUGUCUACAGAACCAACCGCAGAAAAGCCAACAGAACAAACCGAGGUUGCCCCUAUGAGUAGUUCUGCAGAUGGCCAGUCUUCAGCUGUGCCUGAAUCCAGCACUGAAGUGACAUCCAGUCAGCUCUCUGAAACCCUAACACCUGCUCCUGAAAGCAAAACAGAAGAGAAGUGUUCAAGCAUGGUUGAAGUGGAAGCCAAACAGACUGAGGUCGCAUCUACUCUUGUGGCUCAAGGAGAAAGUAAAAAAGCAGAGCCCCAAAAUUUGGACUCUGCCUCAAGCACCACUGAUGCUGUUUCUUCCCAGGAGACACCAGCAGUAGAUGCACCAAUCUCUACUCCAGCUGUUCCUGAAGUCUCAGACAGUGCUACUCCAGCAGAUGUUACAACUUCAGAGAAUUCUUCAGCCAUUACUGAUCAAACGUUAGCUGCGCAAGAAUAAUGAUAGCCUCAUUCAACAACCAUUCACAACCUGCAUUAAAUUCCGACUGUACUAACAAACUUGAUCCACUGUCUUUUACCAGAAAACAUCCAAACAUCCCAUACUCAGAAAUUACAUCAGGAUAUUUCAAGCGACAUUUGGAAAAUUGCUGGACUUAAAUAUUGAUGUCUGGAAGUUGAGUGAGUGGAAUGAAAGUCUCAACAGCUGUAAAUGAUGUGCCUCACUGAUUCAAUCCAACAUAGUGAAUAAUGUUUAUGACUCUGCUGAGUGAUAGUUAGUGGAACUGUGCCAAACUAAUCAGAUCUUCAGAUAACACCUUUGUAUUCCCACCUGAUUUUACACAGUGAGGUACAACCAGCUGUCAGAUAUAAGCCACCAUGUUCCCUUUCUCAUGACAGACCAGGAACAAUAGUUUUGUCUCAAAGUUACUUCAGACUAACACACACUUCUCAUUGUACGUUUCCUAUAUAGAUUUCUCUUGAUCAGUUAAUGCAUGUCCGUUGUUGGGUGCACCUGUAGUUCUGUUUCACAGCAAGUUGCAAACAAGUCUGCAUUCAUUACAGUUCCAGCUUCUCCUCCAUUCAGUGUCACUAAUGCCUCCACUACCACAGCACAUGUUGAAAAUGAUGAGAAUUGUAAAAUGGAUGCAUUGGAAUUAUAUGUGGCUGUAUUAAUGGUGCAACAGUAAUAAAAGUCAUGUAAAAAUAA